CUCGCUCAUGGAGCCCGCUGAGCUGGAGCACGCUCUGCGCAGGUCACUCUUCUCCACACAGACCCACUCCUGGAGCAGCUUUGGGGGACCCGAACAUCAAGAGAUGAGCUUCCUAGAGCAAGGAGACAGCACUUCAUGGCCAUCACCAGCCAUGACCACCAAUGCAGAAAUAAGCCUUGGGGAACAGAGGACCAAGGUCUCAAGAUGGACAAGCCAGGAGGAUGUAGAGGAAGGGGAGCUUCCAGGCCUGGAGGGAGGUCCCCAGUCCAGGCCAGCUGCUGAGUCCACCGGGCUGGAGGCCACAUUCCCCAAGGCCACACCCUUGGCCCAAGCCAAUCCCUUGUCCGAGGUGGGCACCCCCACAACAGAGCGAGACAGCCUCCCCGCUGACUGUACAGCCUCCGCUUCCGGCUCCAGCACAGACGGUCUGGAUCUGGGCAUAGAGUUCUCAGCCCCAGCAGCGUGGGGGGAUGAGCUCGGCCUGGUGGAAGAGAGGCCGGCCCAGUGCCUGCCCCCGCAGGUGCCGGUGCUCAGGCUUGGCUGGGAUGAUGAGCUGCGGAAGCCAGGGGCCCAGGUCUACAUGCACUUCAUGCAGGAGCAUACCUGCUACGACGCCAUGGCAACCAGCUCCAAGCUGGUCAUCUUCGACACCAUGCUACAGAUCAAGAAGGCCUUUUUUGCCCUGGUGGCCAACGGCGUCCGGGCUGCACCUCUAUGGGACAGCAAGAAGCAGAGCUUUGUGGGGAUGCUGACUAUCACAGACUUCAUCUUGGUUCUGCAUCGCUAUUACCGGUCCCCCCUGGUCCAGAUCUAUGAGAUUGAAGAACACAAGAUUGAGACCUGGAGGGAGAUCUACCUUCAAGGCUGCUUCAAGCCUCUGGUCUCCAUCUCUCCCAGUGACAGCCUGUUCGAAGCUGUCUACACCCUCAUCAAGAACCGUAUCCACCGCCUGCCGGUCCUGGACCCAGUCUCAGGUGCCGUGCUGCACAUCCUCACACACAAACGGCUUCUCAAGUUCCUGCACAUCUUUCAGGGCACCCUGCUGCCCCGGCCCUCCUUCCUCUCCCGCACCAUCCAAGAUCUGGGCAUUGGCACAUUCCGAGACUUGGCCGUGGUGCUGGAAACAGCACCCAUCCUCACCGCGCUGGACAUCUUUGUGGACCGGCGCGUGUCUGCGCUGCCGGUGAUCAACGAAGCUGGACAGGUCGUGGGCCUCUACUCCCGCUUUGAUGUGAUUCACCUGGCAGCCCAACAAACAUACAACCACCUGGACAUAAGCGUGGGAGAAGCACUGAGGCGGAGGACGCUGUGUCUGGAGGGAGUCCUUUCCUGCCAGCCCCACGAGACCUUGGGGGAAGUCAUCGACCGGAUUGCCCGGGAGCAGGUGCACCGGCUGGUGCUCGUGGAUGAAACCCAGCACCUCCUGGGCGUGGUGUCCCUCUCCGACAUCCUUCAAGCUCUAGUGCUCAGCCCCGCUGGCAUCGACGCCCUCGGGGCCUGAGAACAGCGCAGUCCUCACGCUCGGGCCACCUUCCACACCUGGAAGCCAGUGAAGGGAGCUGGGGACUCGGCCUUCACCUCCCCCACCCCCUUUUGUGGGUUCUGCUCCUGUUCAGGCUUCUCUAGCCCUCCCCAAUUGCCCCCUGCCCUGCCUGUGCUCCCAGAAGCCCUCAGGAAUGCCCGGUCUACCGUGAAUGAUGAAAUUAAAGAGAACAGCUGAGUCAAGCCCGGAGCUCUUGGAUCAGAGGCACUAGGUUUACCCCGGGGCUGACUGCUCGUUGCCACCCACGCUGCUCUCCCCCACCUGGCCCCAGUGGGGUGGGGAGCCCUCAGGCAGAGGCUCUGGAUUCCUCCGCUUCUGGAUUACCUGGCAUCAAGCCCCCAGCUCCUGGAGCCCCAGCUGUGCUUCCCCCAUGGAAGCUGCCCCAGCAGCUCUCCCCGACUUUGUCACUGUCCUCCUGCUCCCCCAGCACUGCAUUUCAGGGCUGCCUGCAGGGCCCCACAGGGCAGCAGUUUCGUAGAGCUGCCGGUUGGAGUGGGGUUCCCUCUCCAUUCUCAGCCUUAGCUCUCACCAUCGAGCAGUGUUCUCAGUCCCCAGGGCGGGCCUGCAUUUGGAUCACUGAGGAUGAACCAUCGAGACAACAAAAAGGAAACGAACAGCCCAUGAACUCAGAUUUUAUCAUUUUCACUCAGAAAAUGCUAUGGUCAUCUGAUCUGAACUCGUGGCAAGACCCCCCCGCAACCCCCGCCAUCCUUUCUGAAUUCAAAGACCCGAAGAAAAAUCUGUAAUUGACAGACUCUGCAAGUGGCGUUUCUGUUGCUUAUGGAGUGUUAUUCCACUGAAAUGUCUUUUUCAUCGUUUGUUUAUAACAAAAUUAUAAAGAAAAUGUUAGUUACUUAUGUACUGGGUACAAUUCAGACCCCAAACUCUAACCUAUAAGAAACAUAUAAUUUUUCUAACACUGAAUGUAACUUCUUUUAUGAACUCCAUUUCACCAGGUGGUAGAAAUUAAUCUCAGUCAAUUUGGGGUUCCCCUCCCACCUUUUCUUAGGGUUAAGUUCAGUGAUGGGGGAGGCUUGGGAUGUAAGACUUUGCUUCUCAGCCAUCAAGCAUCCACCCAUGCCAGCACCUGCUGAAAUAUCCCCAUUUCCAUGUGACUGUCCCUUGGUUGGUCAGUGGGUGUGGGCCCUGCUAGGUGCCCCCUCCCUCCCAACCAUGAAGUUUCUUUGGGUCUGCCUGCUGGGGUGUGAGGACAUUCCAGCUCCUGGUCCCACACCCCUCUAGACUUCAGGAAGCUCUGCGGGGCCAUCCUAAGCCCACCUGCUGAGACAGGCAGCAAGUGGUCUGGUCUACCCUGACUUUUCCUGUUCUCCCAGCCUCUACCCGGGAAACAUGGGGCCCAGGGCUUUCCUACCCUUCUCGUCUCUGAACUUCUCUGAGGUGUUUGUCAUACUCCCCUCUCACUUCAUACACUGCUCCCUCAUCAGGGCCCUUUUCUCAUCCCUCCUGCCAAAUGUCAGUCUAUAGUCUCUUUGCUUCCUCAACCCCCACCAGCCUGUGGAAUCUUUACGCAGCUGGGAAAAGCAGGGGCCUUUUGCUCUAGCCUGUCACAUAUUCUUCCAAAUGCACUGUAAGCAUCUGAGUUCUUGCCAUCUGCCCCAUUGAGUCAGGCUGGGCUUUGUUGUGUCCCCCCUCCCCUGUGAUAACAGACACUGCAGGUCUGCUGUUGCGGUGGUGGUGGUAGGGGAUGUGGGGAGGCUAAUGUUUCUAGAAUAUGAUCCUACCCUGUUUACCUAAUAGAGCAACAGAGUGGGGCCAUCUGUGCUGAUGAGUCAGGCAGUAAGUGAAGGCAUUUUCUCAUAGACACUCAACUUCCGUUUCUGGUUUUGUUAUAACCAGUGGAUCAGCGCUGGUUCUGCUCUGGUCCCACCUAGAGAGGUCCUGGGUCUUGGGUUCAAGUGGGAGGAUGAGAUGGGGUGCUCUCAGCACUGUCUCAAGUGAGUAUCCUUGGGGGAACUGGGGAGAGCUGUCUUGCUCAGCUCUAGGAUGAGUGUAGCAGGGUCUGUCUUUGAGGCAAUGCCCCACAUGGCUCAAACCAGGGCUGAUGGCCUGGUUUUUCACUCUCCAGAGAGAAAGUUGCAUCGGAAAGAGCCCACAUAUUAUAUCACAUCUAUCCUGUGGUGUGUGUUUUCCUUUUUCAAAUUUGUUUGACUGUGCUGGGUCUUAGUUGUAGGUUUUGGGCUCUAGUUCCCUGACCAUGGAUCAAAUCCAGGUCCCCUGCGUUGGAAGCAUGGAAUCUUAACCAAUGGACCACCAGGGAAAUCCCUGUGAAUGCUUUCUAAGCCUUAUGGUUUUUUUUUUUUAAUUGAAGCAGAGUUUAUUUACAACAUUGUAUCCAAAAGGUAUUUUAUAUAUUUGAAUGAAUCAUUGACAAAGAAAGUAAUUUUUUUUCCAUUUACACUAAGUGUCUUAUACAUGCAAUGAGAUGGAACAUAAACUGAGAGAUGCCAUUUUUAAUUACCAAGAAAAGCCAAAGAACUUCAUGUAUGCUAACUGCCAUUUUUGUUUUUCUAUAGGCAUAUUUCAAUAAACAGCCAGUGAGAAUUUGCUUUAUGACUCAGGGAACUCAAGCCAGGGCUCUGUGACAACCUAGAGGGGUGAGAUGGAGAGGAAGGUGGGAGGAGGAUUCAGGAGGGAAGGGUAUAUGUAUACCUAUGGCUGAUUCAUGUCGAUGUAUGGCAGAA